ACACAAACAAUCGAAAUCAACAUGUGGCCGCGCUUCGACGGCGUUAACAAACAUCCUCUCCGCAUGUUAUUCAAGCCUUUAUUGAUCAUACAAGCACCUUUGGGGUGUGCAAGAAUCAACGAUUUUGGAAUCUCUAUUCAACCACUAAAAACAUGGCAGAAGAUUUAUAGCAUCUGUUAUAUGAUACUGUGUGCCUUGGCUUACAUACUAUACACAACAAAUAAGGAAGGGGCGCCAACUUUAAAGUCUGGUAUCGUAGAAUUUAUUUUCUCUGCAGCUCAACUUAUCACUAACACCGUAGUCAAUUGCGCAGUUGUAAUCGUCAACAAUUUAAUUUAUACCAAAGAAAAUGUGUACAUUUUUAAUUGUUUACAACAUAUUGAUACCAAACUGAAGGUCGUCGGAAAACCAGAACACUACAACGCUGUGUUUAACUUCAUUAUCUGUGCACUUAUUUUCAAUUCAUUUUUUCAUGUAUAUUACAUUAUCUGGGGUGUGAAAUCUUUACCACUUAUAAGUAAAUGGGUGCCUUUGUUAUCACAUUUGAUGAUUGUAGAUGAUUUAGAAAUGAUUUUUAUAGUUUCUGUUGUGUUUCUGAUGUAUAAGAGAGUUAAAUACAUAAACAAAAUCCUAAAUCAAUUUAGUUCAACGAAAUGGAGACAUUCGACACAUGUUAAUGAAUCUGUAGUGUUUAGAAGAAUGUGGGAAGCAUUUAUCGGCAUCGCAACUACUGUAAGAUGUUUAGAAAACACAUCUAGUAUUUAUAUGCUCUGUGGAGUAUUGCAUUUUUUCAUUUAUCAUCUGUUUAAUGUGGAAAUAUGCAUAAUCUAUGCGCAAGAUCAAAGCAAGGGAUACAUUCUUACAAGAAAUUGGAUUUUAUUUAAAUAUCUGGCAAAGGUUACAGUAUUGAGUCUGUGUAUGAAUUAUUUCGAAAUAUCACUGGAAUGUACCAAGGACCAGUGCUUUAAUGUUUUAAGGAAAAAUGAUAAUGUGUUAUCCCGUCAAUAUGUGAAGAACAUCAUGAGGCUGUUGACUCACAAACUGUAUCCAAUUAGUGUGUACAGGAUCAUCAAUGCGAACGCAGUGUACAGGCUUAUAUUCCUUACUACGGAGUAUAGUAUUGUGCUGCUACAGUUUGCCUAUCUUUAACUUUUGAACUGGCAAUCUUUGUUCAUGUGUUUUUUUCCGGCACGGCUGUCUUUAUAUUGAACCUUUUGUUAAAUGCAGUAAUAUGAAUAUUAUGAUGUCAUUUAAAGAAGGGCAUUACUGUCCACGAUGCUCUUGAAUUUUGAUCAUCAACCGGCGGCAUAUACACCCUCCGACGAAUAAAUUAUUGCAUGAAAUUACUUUGACCAAACCAAACUAUAAAAAUAUCCAAGUAUUUCUCCGUUAUUUGUAGCACUUAUCAAAAUAUUAUUAUAGUCUCUUUAUAAUACUAUUACAGUACGAAAUACAUUACAAAGUAACUUAAAAAUCGAUGUCAUCAAUCGUCAAGACAGUCGGCGGCCAUCUUGCGGUCUGAAGCAACUUUCCCCGCUUUACAAACGCACGGACGAACAAAAAGCCCACCUAUGUACAAUUUCGCGCCGUUUGCUGACCGCACGUGCAUUCAUUGCCACUGACAAUGCAAUGUUGUGGAUGUGGUAUUCUUUUUGUGGUGUAGUUGAGUAAAGAAAAAUUAUUUUAACUAUCAUAAAAUAUUCCAUUAUAAAAUAUAUUUACUGACAAAAACAAAUCUACAAAUAGAUUUUGCGCGAUACUUCAGUGACAUUAUCAAUGCUAUCUUA